CCGGCCGGGCGCUGCCGAGAUGCCGCUCUUCGCCCCCAACCCCUUCGAGCAGGACGUGGAAAAGGCUACAAAUGAAUAUAACACCAGUGAGGACUGGGGUCUUAUUAUGGAUAUAUGUGACAAAGUUGGAAGCACUCCUAACGGAGCAAAGGAUUGCCUUAAAGCCAUCAUGAAGAGAGUAAAUCAUAAAGUUCCCCAUGUGGCUUUGCAAGCACUUACACUUUUAGGAGCCUGUGUAUCAAACUGUGGAAAAAUAUUUCACUUAGAAGUAUGUUCUCGUGAUUUUGCUAGUGAAGCUCGAGGUAUAAUAAAUAAGGCUCAUCCAAAAGUAUGUGAAAAGCUAAAAACUCUAAUGGUGGAGUGGUCGGAAGAAUUUCAGAAAGACCCGCAGUGUAGCUUAAUAUCUGCAACUAUUAAAUCUUUAAAAGAAGAAGGUGUAACUUUUCCUGCAGCUGGAUCACAGGCUACCACAAAUGCUGCUAAGAAUGGUUCAUCAUUGAGUAAAAACAAAGAAGAUGAAGAUAUAGCUAAAGCUAUCGAAUUGUCUUUGCAAGAGCAGAAACAGCAACAAAUGGAAACUAAAUCCUUGUACCCAUCUGCAGAAAUUCAGCAGAACAAUCAGAACUCGAGGAAGGUGCGAGCUCUAUAUGACUUUGAAGCCGUCGAGGACAAUGAGCUCACCUUUAAAAGUGGAGAGAUUAUUUUUGUUUUGGAUGACAGUGACACCAAUUGGUGGAAAGGUGAAAAUCAUAGAGGAGUAGGACUGUUUCCAUCUAAUUUUGUGACUUCUGACUUGAAUGUGGAACCUGAGGCAGCAACUGUGGAUAAAAAUUCUGUUCCUGAGGAUACUACAGAAGAAAUCAAGAAAGCAGAAGCUGAGCCAGUUUACAUAGAUGAGGAUAAGAUGGAUAAAACACUGCAGGUACUUCAGAGUAUAGAUCCUACAGAUUUAAAGCUUGAUUCUCCAGAUCUUCUAGACUCAGAAGAUAUUUGUCAACAGAUGGGUCCAAUGAUAGAUGAAAAACUAGAAGAGAUAGAUAGAAAACAUUCAGAAUUAUCUGAAUUGAAUGUGAAAGUUCUAGAAGCUCUGGAGCUCUAUAACAAACUGAUGAAUGAAACACCAAUGUAUUCAGCCUACUCCAAACUCCACCAUCCUGCUCAAUACCCACCUACAUCUUCUGGUGUUUCAGUGCAGUCAUAUCCUGUACAGCCACCUAGUGGAAACUACAUGAUCCAGGGCGUUCACCAAGUCACCAUUUCCCCAGGUUAUAGCCUAGGACCUGAUCAGAUGGGGCAGUUGAGGUCUCUGCCUCAAAGUAUAAAUUCUUCUGGAGCAACUCAGCCAGCUCAAGCUGCGUAUUUAAGCCCAGGACCGGAUUCUGUGUUAAACCAGACGUACGUGAACCAGAACCCCGGCCUUCCGUCAGCUGCCAGCACAGCUGCUUACACCCCGCAGCAGAUGGGAAUGUCAGUGGAUAUGUCGGCUUACCAGAAUAACGCAUCGAGUUUGCCUCAGGGACCAGGUUAUCCCGUGGCAGUUCCUGCUCAUUCCGUUCUACAGCAUCAGACAAAUUACCAUCAACAGCCUCUCCUUUAAAAACAAACCAGCUCAUAUUUCUGAAUUAAUGAGUAAAGGUUGCCUGACCUAAUCAUUUUUAUGAAUACCUGUCACAGAUAUCAAAAUACAUUUUCCUUUUUAAAUAACCCAGCUUACUGCAUUAGGGUGAUGCAGAGUAAAAAUACGGAUCAGAUCUGAUUGUUAAGCAUUUGCAUAAAGAUAGCUUGAACUAGAUUAGCUGAUGGUUUUAAAUAAUUUCAGAUUACUUUCAGCCCUUAUUUCAGUGGUUUCAAGAAACGCCACUUGUGAAUCUUAAGUUAAAAGAUUGUCAAAAAAUAAAUUUUCUUUUAAACAUGUUUAUGAAAACUUGAGGAUGCUUAAUCAUUGUUAUGCGUUGCUCUCGUUAUGCAUUGCCUCCUCUGGUAUCUUACUAUAAUCCUUCUAUCCAAGUGGCUUUAGAGAAUCUCUGCUGGUGUAGAGACCACCUUCUCUCUGCGCUGCUGUAGUGAGCUUUACAAUCUGAUGUGCACUGUGUAAUUGGAACAACUGCAUGACUUCAGCAGAUGAGGGCUGGAAGAGAAAAUGAUUUGAUAUUGUGACAGUGAGGACCACGUACCUACGGAAAUACAAGAAAUGAGAUUUUUACAGUGCUGCCUAUGAGUUUUUGGGAAACUACGGAGACCUUCUGAUGUGUUUCUCUUGAAGAAAGCAGGUGGGGUCUUGCUAGAGCUUGCUUGUGUCUUUUGGCAGAGGUGGUACUGCAAGCACAAGUCUCCUUUGCAAGAGCAGGCAAGGGAUGCGCCCAGCUGACUGUGUGGGCACGCUGUGGAUACAAGGUGCUGAGCCAGAAACUUGUACAGAAUCUCUUUUCUUUUCCUUUUUGGAUGCGUUUAGAAGUGAAGGAGUAUUGUAGUUCCUUGUGGUAAAGGAGGGGCUCCAGAACGUUUGAAGCUUAAGACUGUGAGAAUCUGCCUUGUUCCCUUUCCAGUGGGGAGCCGAGUGAAACAGGAAUCGUCUUUGUGGGACCAGGGGAUUCUUGCCUCUCUUGGAUUUCCUUUCUCUGCCACCAUUUCCAUCUUGAAAUAAAUGCCGAUUACAGUCAGAGAAACUCUUAAGCCAUUUGGAAAAGGUGUAUUUAAGGCAGUAUCCGUAUAGGCAGCAUGCACGUGCUUUGUGAGUGGGAUUGUGCUCCUCAUUUGAUACGAGGAGUGGUUGCAUAUUCAAAAUGACAGACGUGUCUUUAGAAAAGGAAUUGCCUCGGAACUGCGGAACUGUGGAAGUGUAGCAUUUGGUGGCUAAGAAAAGAAAUCUAAGAAUUUCUUCCCUGAUGCACUUUUUUAAUGGGUGGGCUUUGUACAAGAGGAGCAGAUGAGCUGAAUUAUCUUUCAGGAAUGUGGGAUUUCUUUCUUUUAUUGUUUCAAUCUCUGGAAAAAAAACACUAUUUACCUACUCACUUUAGCACAGUCAUAUUUAUACCUAUUUUAACAAUUUUAUUGUGAGUAAUAACCUUUAAAUUGGGAAAAUAAUGGAAGCAAAUCACUGAUAAAAACAUCCUGAUUAAAUGCAUGAAACUUCCAAAUGUCUAAAUAGGUAUGUUUGGUGUAUAAUUUUUCUACCAAAUGAGAACUAUCAGAUUGUAGACUUCUGUUGAGGAGUAAAAACCACCCUUCGCUCAGCGCCACCUCCAUUUCUUUUACAUUUUAUUUAAUUAUUUAGUAUCAUGACCUUAUUCAUUUGCAGCCUCAUGCUUAUGCAAUAAGGUAUUCAGUACCUGCUCUUCACAUCUUUUUUUUUUUAUUUAAAUGUGUGCAAUUGGAAGGAAGCUUUUGUCUUUCCCUUUGGUGUGACUUUAAGUUGUCUUUAUCCUUUCCCCUUUAAGUAGUUUAGCAUAAAUAACACAUGUUGCAAUACUGAAGCUUUUUGAUAACUUGAUCCUUGCAUUCUUUAAGAAGAAUAAUUAAUUUCAAUGCUGCUGUUCAAAAUGCGUGUUGUUUGGAGAUUUUUUUGUAAGAGUUUACUUUGUUCCAAGAUGGUAUGACGUCAAACUAAACCUUGCUGUCAUUUAUAUAGAUUCUCCAUGUUUGUUAGUAAAUUGAGGUUAAGGUAGGUAUUUUUAUUGGAUUCAAAACUUUGGUCCAGCAGAAAUAUUGAGUAUCUUAAAUGGAGAUGGCUAGACAGAUGUGAUUUGAUUAUGUUCAGUUAACUAUUAAAUAUAAAUAAUGUAUAUACUCAUUUGUCUGAGAUUUUCUACACAGCUACAUAUAUGCAUACUGUUAAAGCCUGAAAUUUUAUAAAAGCAGGAUUUGUCAUUCUGUCAUCUCUUAUAUUCCUAAUUCUGUGAUAUGCAACUUGUAGAUAGUGUAAAAUAAUUUAAUUA